UUUUGUUUUUGCCUCAUUUACUGCUUUUGUUUCUUUUCAGAUAAAAUUCUGAAGGAUGGAGCUCCUGUGGUUACUUACAGAAUUUUAGGUCCCCUGCUCCUGGGUGUGGUGAGAAUAUACUCGAAGAAAGUAGAAUAUCUUCUACAUGAUUGUAAUCAUUUUCUUGUUAAACUUGGUGAUUUUGCAACUCACAAGAGAUCAACAAGCAAACUAUCAGCUCUCAGGAUUGAGGGUCUGCGUGCUCCUAACUGCUCUAUCAAACGACCAAAGAAAUUUGAACUGGAUACUUUUGAAUUGGAAGUCUUGGAAGAUCAAAAUGCAAGCAGUGGUCAUGUGGCAUCUCGUGAAGAAAUUAUGCUUUCAGAUGCUUGGAGAAGUGAGCAAACACGCUUUGGCUUAUCUAGCAAGUACGAGGAAGAUGUCUCUCGUUCAGAGUCUUUGACCACAGAUCACACUCCAGUUAGAGACGUAUGUUCACCUCAUCUGAUGGACAAAGAUGUUCACUUCCGCCCAUCACUUGGCUCAGGCCACUCGGCAGCGCUGUGGCACCUUAAUGGGACUAGGUUCUCCUUAGAAGAGCGCUUUGAACCUAUGACAUUUGGGGACCUUGAUUUUCAGAUGACCUCUGAUAAGACAGCUGAUCACCAGACUGAUGAGCAGAUGAAAGAGUCUAAUGCUGGGAACUUGGUAAAUGAGGAGCACUUUUUUGAAAAGAGGUCAUCAUUGGAAGAACACGCAGAACCAAUGAUUAUCGUAGACACUGAAGCAGGAACCAAUAUUAGUCAACAAUCUGAGAAAAUUCGUCAGCCAAUUGGGCUCUUAAAACACCCUGAUACAGGAGGGGAUUUAGAUGAUGAAGGACCCGCAGGCGUUGGUGAAUCAUUUUCCGUGGAAAAGCAACAAAAGAAAAAUGCUGAAGCAUCUUCCUCUAGAAAAGGGAAGGAUCGGACUGAACAUGAUCGUUCAACACUUUCUUUCAAUUCAGGAUCUACAUCACCAGAUUUCAUAUCUGUUCGCACCCCAGCUACCAAAGAGCGUACUCGGAUUUCAAGGAAGCGGAGGUGCAUAUUUGAUGAAUCUAUCGUCAUCCCAAACAAGGUAUACAAGCGCUGGAUCGGUGAUGCGAAUGAUUUGGUAUGCAAGAGAAGAAAAGCCCCUCAUACCAGUUAUCUUGCACGGAAAGUGCAUAAAAUUUCCUCACUUCCUCAGAGUUUCGAGGAGCCUUUAAUUCCUUGUGGUGAUUCAAUUGAUAUUAUAUCUGCAAUUUGCAAAAUUAGAUCAACAAGGGAUGGGCCUGCUGAAACAGUAGAAGUUCCUCCGCAUGAGGAAAUACCAGGUUCUCCUAAUACACUCAGAUAUGGGGAACAAAUACCUGGUUCUUCUGCAACAUCUAUGCAGGAGGACAUACCCAUUGCUCCAUUGUCAUCUCUGCGUGAGGACAUACCUGAAUCUCCUGGUAAACUCAGAUGUGAAGAACAAAUACCUAUUGCUCCUGCACCACCUCUGCAUGUGGGUAUACCAGAAUCUCCUAAUACACUCAGAUAUGAUGGUGAACAGACACCUAUUGCUCCUGCAACACCCGUCACUGGCUCAAGCUCGUUGAGAUUUCAUGACAUGCAAGGAAUUUCUAGAUCACACAACGAACCAGCAAGUUCAACUGAAAGCACAAAAGAAGGAGCACCCCAAAUGGAGGAUCAAGAGUUGGAGAUGGAUUUGAUGGAUGAGGAGAUAAAUUCAUCUGAAGGGGAUAUCUCAGAAAAAUAUAAGUUUUCCUUGAGAACAAGAAAAGUUGCCAGAUUUCUGCUUGAAAACUUUCUUUCUCGAAAGGGCAAGGAGAAAGUAGAAGUUGUUAACUUGUCCUCCCUUCUGCAGGGGAAAACAAAGAAACAGAGUUCAAGGGCAUUCUACGAGAUACUGGUUCUGAAAUCAGGAGGAUGGAUAGACGUGCGACAGGAUGAUGCCUAUAGUAGCAUUCUUUUGCGAGAACUUCCUAGACUAAAGCAGACAUUUGAAGCUAAGGGCAUCCACUCAAAGUCCUGAUCUGUAACUAUCUUAACAUAGGUUGCAGUGUGGGUAAAUAGUAGUGCAGGAAACGAUCACAUGCUUACGCCUUUUCUUAGAGCAGUGUAUGUAAAGAGUAGUAGAUGGAUCAAUCACUUGCAUAUUCCUUUUUGCAAGUACCUGAUUCUCUUUAGAGUCUGUAGUUGGGUGAGUAGGAGGAUAUAGAGUGAAAGAGGAAGGAACAGUGACAGAUUGCAUCGUGCUCUGUGCUUGGCUCUUUCACUUGGGAGAAGUGAAUUCAACAAUCUCCUAUGAGUAGAGUUGGAUUAUUGUAAAUUAUCAUGUGUAGGAUCUUCUAACUUAUGAAUGGUAUAAAAAAAA